AAUCCUCCAUUUUCCAACACACAGCGGCGGCAGCGGGAGAGAGCAGAGAGCCACCCCUCUACCUGGAGAGGAAGCCAGGGACCAGGGGCAGUCAUGGCAGCGAAUAUGUACCGGGUUGGAGAUUAUGUUUAUUUUGAGAACUCAUCCAGCAACCCACUUCUGAUCAGGAGGAUAGAGGAGCUGAACAAGACAGCCAAUGGGAAUGUGGAGGCCAAAGUGGUGUGUUUUUACCGGCGCAGGGACAUCUCCAGCACACUCAUCGCUCUGGCAGACAAACAUGCAAGGGAGUUGGAGGAGGAGAUGGAGAAUUCAGAGAUGGCCGAUCUCCCCGAGAAGCAGAAGCACCAGCUCAGGCACAGGGAGCUUUUCCUGUCCCGUCAGCUGGAGUCCCUACCAGCAACACACAUCAGAGGGAAGUGCUGCGUGACGCUGCUGAAUGAAACUGAAGCCCUGAAGUCCUACCUGGACAGAGAGGAUGCCUUCUUUUACUCGCUGGUGUACGACCCUCAGCAGAAGACCCUGCUGGCGGAUAAAGGGGAGAUCCGCAUCGGGAACAAAUUCCAGGCCGACAUCACCGACCUCCUGAAUGAAGACGAAGAGGACGGCAGAGACCUGGCAAAGCUAGAAGAGAAGAUCUGGGAUCCCAACAGCUCACUAACAGAGAAACAGAUCGACCAGUUUUUAGUCGUGGCUCGGUCGGUCGGUACAUUCGCCAGAGCGUUGGACUGCAGCAGUUCCGUCCGGCAGCCGAGCCUCCACAUGAGCGCCGCUGCCGCCUCCAGGGACAUCACGCUGUUCCACGCCAUGGACACGCUCCACACCAACGGCUACGACAUGACCCGGGCCAUCGCGGCGCUGGUGCCUCAGGGCGGGCCCGUCCUCUGCAGGGACGAGAUGGAGGAGUGGAGCGCCUCCGAGGCCAACCUGUUCGAGGAAGCGCUGGAGAAAUACGGCAAAGACUUCACAGAUAUCCAGCAGGAUUUUCUGCCCUGGAAGUCGCUGACGAGUAUAAUUGAGUAUUACUACAUGUGGAAGACUACAGACAGAUACGUCCAGCAGAAGCGAUUAAAAGCGGCCGAGGCAGAGAGCAAACUCAAGCAGGUCUACAUCCCCAACUACAACAAGCCAAACCCCAACCAGCUGAGCAACAGCGUAAAGCCGGCGCUUCUAAACGGAGCAGCGGGCUCAAAUGUCCCGGCACCGCCGGGCUCAACGCAGACCCCGGGUCUGGGGAGAGCCUGUGAAAGCUGCUAUACCAGCAGUUCCUACCAGUGGUACUCGUGGGGACCUCCCAACAUGCAGUGUCGCCUGUGCGCUUCAUGCUGGACCUACUGGAAGAAGUACGGCGGCCUGAAGAUGCCCACAAGGCUGGACGGCGAGAGGCCGGGGCCCAACCGCAACACCAUGAGUCCUCACGGCCUUCCUCUGCGGCACAGCGGCAGCCCCAAGUUUGCCGUCAAGACCCGGCAGGCGUUUUUCCUGCAGACCACCGGCGCCACGCGGCUGGCGCGCCGCCUCUGCGAGGACAUCAUCCGUCCGCGAUACCUGGCCCGGCACCCGUACCUCCCCGUCAACACAGCAGCCAUCAAAGCCGAGUGUGCUCUGAGGUUACCAGAUCGGCCAAAAAAGCCUUCGCAGCUCAAACCGGUGGAGCGGAAACCUCUGGAGUCUGUGGUUCGGUACUUGGAAGCACAUCCCCGUCCGUCCAAGCCCAACCCGCCGCCCCGUGGCGGAUCCAUCUCAACAGGCAGCUUGACGCCCAUAAAGUCCUCUCCCAUCCUCAACAACGGCUCGCCCACCAUCCUGGGCAAGCGCAGCUACGAGCAGCACAACGGCCUGGAUGGCACCAAGUCCAAAGCCCUUACUCCACAGUGGGACAUUAUGGCCAAACGUGUUAGCGAUGCGGGACGGCCUUCGGCGUCCUUGCAGGACGAGAUCCACGAACUGGACUGAACUCUCCGUGGGAACAAUCUCUACUGCAAACAGCAGUGAGCAGGGGGAGAAAGGAAAAGGAGAAGGCUUUCCUACCAGACCAUAAGUGAGGGCAGCUGAGAGGAGACGACGGCAUCGGUCACUUUUCUUUCAGUCAGUUUGUGUCUCUUUGCUGCUGGAGACCAGGCGACCGCUUCGGCAGAGGUCUCCAUCUGAAGAUGAGCCUGACUGUACAGGACUGUGUUUAUUACUUACAUUACUUGUUAUUACUGUCUUUGUAAUUAUUGUUAUUGGGGUUUUAUUUUUUUAUUUUGUUUGUAUUUUAUUUUAUUUUAUUUUUUACCAACUAUAACUCGGUUUGUUUGUCGAUCAAACGAUGGAGACUUGUAAA